GGUAUUUGGAAAAGUAUGAGAAGGUUCAUCAUUUUGGAGAAGACGAUGAUGAGGUCCAACCUGGUAAUCCAAAACCGCAGCUCCCCAUUGGUGCAAUACCAUGUACUUACAACUACCAGCAGCAUAUUGUACCAGAUUAUUUACGACAAAGUUAUGGGCUUACCAUGGACUUCAACACACCAAAUGAUUACAACAAACUGGUGCUUUCACUGUUAUCUGGACUCCCUAAUGAAGUGGACUUUGCAAUUAAUGUUUGCACACUUCUCUCUAAUGAAAGCAAGCAUGUAAUGCAGCUUGAAAAGGACCCAAAAAUUAUCACCUUGUUGCUUGCAAAUGCUGGUGUAUUUGAUGACACUCUGGGAUCUUUUUCUGCGGUUUUUGGUGAUGAAUGGAAGGAAAAAAAACAGACAGGGAUUUUGUACAGUUUUGGAAGGAUAUUGUUGAUGACAAUGAAGUUCGUGACCUCAUAUAUGACAAAAGUAGAUCUCAAGAAGGUACAUCUCCUGAGUCUUUAUGGGACUCGCUAUUUCAUCCACCUCGGAAACUGGGUAUAAAAAUGACAUUGAAGGACAGCGUGUUCUACAGAUAGCGGUCAUUUUGCGAAAUCUUUCAUUUGAGGAAAGCAAUGUAAAACUUUUGGCAGCUAAUCGGACUUGUCUCCGCUUCUUAUUACUGUCAGCUCAUAGUCACUUUAUUUCUCUACGGCAACUGGGUCUUGAUACGUUGGGGAAUAUUGCAGCAGAGCUUCAGCUAGAUCCUGUUGACUUCAAAACCACUCACCUUAUGUUUCACACUAUCACAAAAUGCCUAAUGUCAAGGGACAGGUUCUUAAAAAUGAGAGGCAUGGAAAUCUUAGGAAACUUGUGUAAGGCUGAAGAUAAUGGUGUUCUUAUAUGUGAGUAUGUGGAUCAAGAUAGCUACAAGGAAAUCAUAUGUCAUCUUACUCUGCCGGAUGUCCUGCUUGUAAUCUCUACUCUUGAGGUGCUCUAUAUGCUUACAGAACUGGGAGAAGUGGCCUGUGUGAAGAUAGCAAAUGUAGAGCGAAGCAUAGAUACUCUAGUAUGCCUUAUUUCAAUGGACAUACAAAUGUUUGGGCCCGAUGCACUUACAGCGGUAAAACUUAUAGAGCAUCAAAGUUCCAACCACCAGGUAGUGUCGGAAAUCCGCCCUCAAACUGUUGAGCAUGUGCCUGCUGCAACCAAUCCAAACCCUGCUCCAGCCUCAAGACCUGCGGCUGCGCAUGGUGUUCCACCUGGAAUUGUAGAAAUAGACAGUGAGAAGUUCGGUUGUCAAUGGUUAAAUGCCCAUUUUGAAGUAAGUCCAGAUAGCUCCGUCUCCAGAUCGGAAAUGUACUCGGAGUAUCUUUCAACAUGCAGCAAAUUGGCAAGAGGUGGAAUUCUGACCUCCUCUGGAUUUUACAAAUGUCUGAGGUCUGUAUUCCCAAAUCACAACAUAAAGCGAGUAGAAGACCCGAACAAUAAUGGACAAGCUCAUAUUCACGUUUCUGGUGUGAAGAGAAGGGCAUUACCACUUCCAAUUCAGAUGUACUAUCAGCAGCAGCAACAAUCUCCUGCUGUCAGGGCAGAUAUGGUGCCUGAUGCAAAUAUAGCAGGAAUGCCACAAGGAGCUGCAAAUCCUUUCCAGAGAGGUCUGGCAGCUAACCAAGUUCCUACUCUGGCAGUAACACAAAUGUCGUUUCCUAUUCAAGGUGUCCACACUGUGGCACAGACAGUUUGCCGGAUACCACAGAACCCUCUAAGUCAAGCGCAGCAUCAACAGAGUACUACUGUGACUGUAAUACAGAAUAAAACUCCAAUUUCGUGUGAAGUAGUGAAAGCAGCAGUAAUACAAGGUUCUGUUCAGCACUCAGCAGUUCCUGUCACCAUCUCUUUGGCAGGAUCAACACAAGCUUCAAUCGUUCAAAAUCACAGCAACGCAGGACAGCAGUCUUCUGUUGCUGUAGUAGGUUCUCAGGCAUUGUUUCACCAUCCAUCUGUUAUUCAGCAGCAGCCCUCAUUACAUACAGUGGUACCUGGACAGAUAGCAUCAGGAACACCUGUAGCAGUUAUUCAGCAAGCUGUUCCUCAAGGUCACAUAUUUGGCCGAGUUCAGAAUAUGCCAACAGGCACAGCAGGAAUUCAACAAGGACAGCAAUUGAUCACCACCUCCUCACAAACUGUGCAGGUUUCGUCACAGCAGUCGCCAGCUUCCAGCCAGCAGAAGGAUACAGUUAUUAUAGCUCCUCAACAAUAUGUAACAACUUCAUCAUCCAACAUAGCAUCUGCAACAAACAGUACAGAAUUUCCAGGUUGCCACUGGACAGGUGGUUACUAUAGCUGGUAUGCAGAAUCCACAAGCCUCUCGAAUUGGUUUCCAGAAUAUUGCUCCAAAACCCCUCUCUUCUCAGCAAGUUUCAUCUGGAGCUGUAGUUCAGCAGCCGCAACAGCAACAGGCCCAGCAGAGUGUUGUAAUUGUUAGUCAGCCAGCUCAACAUGGACAAGCAUAUGCACCAGCCAUACACCAAAUUGUUCUCACUAAUCCAGCUGCCAUUCAAGCUGGGCAGACUGUUCAGUUAACUGGGCAACCAAGUAUAGCACCAUCCUCAUCUCCUUUACCAUCUCCAAAUAACCAGCUCCCACCUAUCAUGACAUCUUCCCCAACCACUCCAGUUUCACAAGGACCUCCUCCAACUGUUAGCCAAAUGCUUUCUGUCAAAAGGCAACAGUUAUCACCAGCACCUCACCAACAGCCCCAAACUCAACAACAGGCACAAGUGCAAACUCAGCAGACGCAGCCACCCCAGCCUGUACAAGUACAAAUUCAGCAACAGCAAGCUCAGAAUGCAAAUGUUGGUCUUUCUACUCCUGGUGAGUCCAGCUUAAUCAAACAGCUGUUGCUUCCAAAACGGGGACCUUCCACUCCAGGAGGAAAACUCAUUCUCCCUGCUCCUCAAAUACCGCCUCCCAACAAUGCAAGAGCACCAAGUCCCCAGGUGGUGUAUCAAGUAGCUAAUAAUCAAACGCCUUCAUUUGGAGUACAAGGUCAGCCUGCUACUCAACAAAUUCUUGUUGGGCAGCAGAAUGUACAGUUAGUGCAGAGUACCAUGCAGAACCAAACUGCUGUUCAGACUGUCCCCAUUUCAAAUUUGCAAAUAUUGCCAGGCCAGUUGAUAUCAAAUUCCCCUGCAACAAUUUUCCAAGGGACUACAGGCAAUCAAGUGACAAUAACAGUUGUGCCAAACACAAGUUUUGCUACUGCAACGGUAAGCCAGGGAAGUACACCUCAGAUCAUUGCACCAAUGAGUGGGACACAAACAGGAGUUGGAUUACAGGUACAAACUCUUUCUGCUGCUCUUACGCAACCGGGUGGGCCAUUACCAGGAUCUACCAAUUCUCCCCCUUUUAGGGGUGAUAAGAUAAUUUGCCAAAAGGAGGAAGAAGCAAAGGAAGCUACAGGCUUGCAUGUUCAUGAACGUAAAAUUGAAGUUAUGGAAAAUCCUUCCUGUCCAAAAGGUUCUGCAAACACCAGCAAUGGGGAAACUAAUGAGAAUGAUGUGCAAGUAGGAAGUCUCUUAAAUGGUAAAAAAUGCGACUCCACUCUACCUCCUUCAAACUCAGGGAAAGCUCAGAAUGAGGCCAGCCAGCUGGUCCCCAAUGGGUCGUCUGUGGAAUUGGGGGAAAAUGGAGCAUCCGCAAAGCUAAGUUCUGAGCAGGCAGAUGCACAGGAAAGUAAAACAGACUUUAAACGACCACAAGUUAAUGGGAUUUGUGAUUUUGAAAAGGAAGACUGUUCACAUUUGAGCAAAAACAUUCCAAAUCACAAAACUUCCAACCACGUAGGAAAUGGGGAAAUAUCUCCCGUCGAACAACAAGAACUUCUUGAUUCUUCACAAGUUACUGCCAAAGGUGAACAAGUGGAAAGGCUAUCCAAUGGACCUGUAGCACCCAUCAGUUUAUCACAUACUGCAAGCAGCAGUCGUGAUGCUUCAAACCUUUCAAAUCAAAUACAUUGUGGUAACCCCACAGAUUUACCCAAUGGACCUGUAGUUUCCACUUUGAAUUCAGAUGUGCCUCAGCAGCGUCCGUCUGUAGUUAUUCCUGCUCAGUCUACAGUCCCCGUUUUACCAGGUCAUCAAAUUAUAGCAUUGCCUCAUACAGGAACUAGAAUUGUUCAGCCUACUCUACCUGCCGAUGUACGGUCAACUAAUGGAACAGCGGAAUGCAAAUCUGUUAAGCGACCAGCAGAGGACAGUGACAGGGAAUCUGCCCCAGUCAUUCCCAAUAAAGUGGGAGUAAGGAUUGUUACAAUCAGUGACCCAAAUAACGCUGGCUGUAGUGCAACAAUGGUUGCUGUGCCAGCUGGCGUAGAUCCAAGCACUGUAGCGAAAGUAGCAAUAGAAAGUGCUGUUCACCAAAAACAGCAGCAUCCACUCACGUUUGUACAAACAGUAGUUGCACAGAGUACGCCUGUGACAACUAUACCAGCAUUACAAGUACAAGGCCACAUAGUUGGCUCCCAGUCCUCUCCAUACCCCACUACAACAGGUCAAGCGGUGGAGCCAGUAAAGAAGCCAGGACAAAACUUUAUGUGCCUAUGGCAGUCAUGCAAAAGGUGGUUUGAAACUCCCUCACAGGUAUAUUACCAUGCAGCUACAGAACAUGGAGGUAAAGACGUGUACCCAGGGCAAUGUCUGUGGGAAGGCUGUGAACCCUUCCAGCGGCAGAGGUUCUCUUUCAUCACGCACCUACAGGACAAGCACUGCUCGAGGGAAGCUCUACUUGCUGGACUGAAACAAGAAGAACAGAACCAGGCAGGGCAUCAGAAAUCUUCCAAGCAAUCUACAGGAGCUUCAACUCCCCGACCCCAGAAGGCCAUUGUGAACCAUCCAAGUGCUGCCCUCAUGGCACUAAGGCGGGGAUCAAGGAACCUGGUUUUUAGAGACUUUACGGAUGAAAAAGAGGGACCAAUUACAAAACACAUCCGAUUAACAGCUGCCUUAAUAUUAAAAAAUGUUGCAAAACACUCAGAAUGUGGUCGUCGAUCAUUAAAAAGACAUGAAAAUCACUUAUCGGUUUUAGCCCUUAGUAAUAUGGAAGCUUCCUCCACACUUGCCAAAUGCCUUUAUGAACUCAAUAGUACAAGUCAUAGUACAGAACAAGAGACAGACUAUGAAAUGCUACAGUGA